AACAGAAGGGAGAGAGACUUACCCAGAAUAAACUUUCUUCACUCAUUGAAACUUUUGAAAGCCUGGGGCACGAGUCUCAGCUCUCCAAGAAGAGUUGAUUCCAGCAAGAUCAGCAUGAAGCUGGUAUACCUUGUCCUUGGUACUGCGGCCCUCCUUCUGGGUGGCUCUGACUCUGUCCUCAGCAGCUCCAGCGGGAACCUACACACUUUUGUGGGAUGUGCUGUGAGGGAAUUCACUUUUGUGGCCAAGAAGCCAGGCUGCAGGGGACUUCGGAUCACCACAGAUGCCUGCUGGGGUCGCUGUGAGACCUGGGAGAAACCCAUUCUGGAGCCUCCCUACAUAGAAGCCUAUCAUCGAGUGUGUACCUACAAUGAGACCAGACAGGUGACGGUGAAGCUGCCUAACUGUGCCCCUGGAGUCGACCCCUUCUACACCUACCCUAUGGCUGUCCGAUGUGACUGCGGGGCAUGUUCCACUGCCACCACUGAGUGUGAGACCAUCUGAAGCCAGCACAGUCAUGGCUGGUGGCCCAAGCUUCAUACAUCCACGGCUCCCAGGAAUCUAUCUGCUUUAACCCCUGCAGUCAGUUAGGGCCAGCCCAAGUUACCUGCCUUCCUCUACCCAGCUUAGGCACCAGGUCCAGGUGCAGCACGCUUAGGUUGAAAAUGUAAAACAAUAUUGGCCCUUCCCCGAGAAUAAUCCCUCUGCUUCAUAGUCUGCAAAUUUGUUUUCUUCCUGCUUGACUUUUGGAACAUGAAUUGUAUGUUGCGACCCUCCCCCAGGUUCUGUUGCUACUGUCCGCUUGUUUGAAGGGGUUGGGUAUCAUUAAGCGGUGGAAAGCCUUUAAAUCUUCACAUUCUGAUGCUGAGCUCGGUCUGGAUUUAUGAUUAAAGGGCAAAGGAUGAUCAAAACCAAAGAGCGUUCUUCCUGGCACAUGAGGCUGCCCAUCCGCGAGCGUUCUUUCAGAGCACCCCAUUUCCCUUUGAACCCAGUGAUUUACCAAAACAAGAGGCAAGGACAGCCCAGACAGUUAGGAAAAGGUGUUUUGAUGUGGCUGAUUCAUCUCUCAAGCAAAAUUCUCUCAAGAUCCUCAGGGAAGUGUCUGCUUGCCAAUCAAAAACAAACAAACAAACAACAGACCUCACAAAGUACCAUUAGGAGCUAUCAUUUAGGUUUAAAACCACCAGAUACUAACUAAAUUCCCUGGUCGAGUGCUUCCCCCACAGCCACAGUGAGGUGACCAGUUACAGAUGCCCUUCCCUGUUUAGUACAUUUUAAAUCAAUUAGUCAGUUAGACUCAGAAUCCUGAGUGUUUGUGGCAGUAAGGUGGCCCUGCCUGCUCAGAGGGGACAGGUGUGCCCGCCUGGCACUCGAUUGCUUUUUCUGAAGUCUUACGGCAGCUGCUUUUGUGGCCUUCUUUUUAAACUCCAAUUUUAUGCACUCAUAUUUAGUUUUGGUAUUUAGGGGGUUGAGUUUCCCUUUGUUCACUUUUAUAUGCCAGGAGCACAUGAUGUCAAUAAAGUGUGGUCUCUGUCAUUGGAAUUCAUGCAAACUUUC